GGGGCCGCGGCAGACAUGAACGUGAAGACCGUGCUCGUCCUCCUGGUGCUGGCCUUGGCCACUAUCUUCGCCCUGGUCUGCGUGCUGCUGACCAGGGAGCGGGCGCCCGGCGCCUGCCCACAGCAGCCCCCGGAGCAGCGGGAGGAGGAUGACGACGGUGCCGCGGAGCGGAGCCUGGUGUUCGCGGACCUGAGCGCGGAGGAGCUGGCGCAGGUGGUGCGGUACCUGCGGGCAGAGCUGGGGGUGCCGCUGGUGGAGGCGUCGCGCGCGCUGCCCUCCGACAACUGCAUCUGCUGGGUGGAGGUGCAGCCGCCCGGCAAGGCGGAGGCGCUGCGCUUCCUGGACGGCGCCGGGGCCCGGCCCGCGCGCGAGGCGCUGGCCGUGCUGCACCUGGGCGCCCAGGCGGAGCCCAACGUCACCGAGUACGUGGUGGGGCCGCUGCCGGCGCCCACCUACCACCGGGACGUCACGGUGCGCAAGUACGGCGCCGGGCUGCCCUACCACCGCCGCACGGUCACGGCGCGCGAGUACGCAGACAUCGAGGAGCUGCUGCGGCGCGAGCUGCGCCGGGCGCCGCGCUUCCUGCGCGCCUGCUGCCGCUCGGACGGCAGCGACCUGGCGGCGCUGACCACGGCGCCGCGCGGCGCCCGCUCCGGCGACCGCGCCACCUGGUUCGUUUUGUUCCACGCCGUGCCCGGCACCGGCUUCUUCCUCUCGCCCGUGGGGCUGGAGGUGCUCGUGGACCACAGCGCCCUCGACGUGUCCCGCUGGCGCCCGCUCAGCUUCUUCUACAACGGCCGCCACUUCCCCAGCGCGGAGCUGCUCGAGGCCGAGUUCCUCUCCGGCAACGUGUCCGUGGUGUCCGUGGAGAAGCCGGCGGCGCCGGGGCCAGGCUCGCUGCAGCCGCGGCGCCUGCCGGACCGCCCGCCGCCCAUGCCCGUGGAGCUGCGCGGGCCCCGCUACCGCCUGCACGGCGACUGCGUCUUCUUCCAGGGCUGGAGCUUCUGCUUCGGCAUGAGCCCCAGCUCGGGGCCGCGGCUCUCCGACGUGCGCUUCCGCCGCGAGCGGCUGCUCUACGAGCUGAGCCUGCAGGAGGCCCUGGCGCUCUACGGCGCCAACUGCCCCGGCGCCAUGUCCACACGCUACCUGGACGCCAGCUUCGGCAUUGGCCGCUCCUCCUACGAGCUGGUGCGCGGCGUCGACUGCCCCUACCUGGCCACCUACGUGGACCGGCACUACGUGAGCGAGGCGGGGGCGCCCGCCGCCCGCCGCGCCUCCCUCUGCCUCUUCGAGCACGACGAGGCGCUGCCGCUGCGGCGCCACUUCUCCGACGCCCACUCGGCCUACUACGGCGGGCUGCGGCGCAGCGCGCUCGUGCUGCGCGCCGUCUCCACGCUCAUCAACUACGACUACGUGUGGGACUUCCUCUUCCACGCGAGCGGCGCGCUGGAGGUGCGGGUGCACGCCACGGGCUACAUCAGCUCCUGCUUCCUGCACGGCCGCGCCACCGACUACGGCAACCGCGUGGGCGAGCACACGCUGGGCACCAUGCACCUGCACCACAUGCACUACAAGGUGGACCUGGACGUCGCCGGGCGGCCCAACUGGCUGGAGACACAGGACAUGGAGUACGAGGCGGUGCAGGCGCCCUGGCCCGGGGGGCCGCUGCUGCAGCGGCCGGUGCUGCGGCGGAGGCGGCCGCAGCGCGAGGACGAGGCGGCCUUCCCGCUGGGCGCCCCGCUGCCCCGCUACGUCACCUUCGCCGGCGCCCAGCGCAACAAGUGGGGGCACCCGCGCAGCUACCGCCUGCAGCUGCGCAGCGCCCCCGCGGAGCCCCUGCCCGCCCGCAGCCCCAUGGAGAGGGCCCUCAGCUGGGGCAGGUACCAGCUGGCCGUGACGCGGCGCAAGGAGGAAGAGCCGUCCAGCUCCAGCGUCCACAACCAGAACGACCCCUGGACGCCGAGCGUCGCCUUCGCCGACUUCAUCAAUAACGAGACCAUCGCGGGCGAGGACCUGGUGGCCUGGGUGACCGUGGGCUUCCUGCACGUGCCCCACGCCGAGGACGUCCCCAACACGGUCACCGUGGGCAAUGGCGUCGGCUUCCUCCUGCGGCCCUACAACUACUUUGACGAGGACCCUUCCGUGGACUCGCCCGACAGCACCUACCUGCGCCCCGAGGGCACCGCGGGCGGCUGCGGCGGCCACCCCCUGGGCUGCCCCCCCGCGGCCGCCUGCGCCCCCCCGCUCGUGUUUGUAACAACCCCCCGGCGAGGCACCUUUGGCAAAAGUGGCUCUGGGUCCAAAGAUCGGCGCGGGGACGAGCGACCUGCAGUGACAAACAAGAGCCACCGGGUAUAA